GUAUUUCAGCGGAUGGCCACGAAACCUGAUUAAUAAGUAAACACGCUUAUAAGCCAUUUCAUUGUACAUUAUCUAAUGAAAAUGCAACAAGGCAUAUUAAUUCGAUUAUUAUGAUAAUAAGCGGCGCGCAUUAACCAAAAUUCUUACUUUCUUCGCCGGAGCCCGACGUUAGCAUAUAAAGGGCCGAAUAGGCGAGGCACAGUUUUUUAUCGGCGACGCACACAGACGAAGCAGCCGCUGUCGUAUGCGCGCGCGCACUCACGCACACACACGCGCGAGCCCUCCAAAGCGCGAUGCAAUUCCCCCCGCGCGCCGCGCCGCCGCCCCCGCACGCAAUUGCAUGCACUCCGCUCGCUGCGCUGUGCGUAAAAAGCGCACGCGGAGGGCCGAGGGGCGGGCGCGGGCGGCGGGGGCGAAGGGCCGGCCGCGCGCCUCCGCCGCUCCACGCAGCAGUCAUCGUCUGACGCUCGCUCGAGCACCACGCCCCCACAGGGCGACUGCACCCACGCGAAAUCACCCCAAGUGCUACGAACUAUUUCAGUGCAACCGUGAACGUUACCCAUGAAUACCCUAUGAACUUUUACGAAGAGAACCAUUUCGGUGCUUCUUGGAUUUCUAGUUUGGCUGAAGCUCAAUUCAGAAAGAUGGGAAGCAGCGAGGGCCAGCAGACGUUCUGUCUGAAGUGGAACCACCACAAGACCAACCUGGUGGAGAUCCUGGAGGCUUUGAUCAAGGUGGAGACUUAUGUGGACUGCACGCUGGUGGUGGACGGGCAGGCGGCCUUCAAGGCGCACCGCGUGGUGCUGGCCGCCAACUCGCCCUACUUCCAGGCCAUCCUCGCCGACGUGCCCAUGGACCACUGCAGCAUCCUACUGCCCGGCGUGCAGGACUUCGAGAUGCGCGCGCUGCUCGAGUACAUGUACACGGGCGAGGUGAACGUGGCGCAGGCGCACAUCCCGCGCAUCAUGCGAGUGGCCGAGCAGCUCGAGGUCAAGGGGCUGUUCGACAUGAGCGAGCUGCGGCGCGGCCCCGAGCGCGCCCCCGGCAGCCCCCCGCGCGUCGCCCCCGCCGCGCCCUCCAGCGCGUCCCCCCCCGCCCCCGCGCCGCCGCCGCGCUGGCCCCCGCCGCCGCUGCCCGCGCUCUCCGCCGCCUACGACUCCGCCGACAUGAACCCGCUCAAGCGCAAGAAGCUGUCCAGCAUGCUGGCCACGCGCGACACGCCCAUCCUGCGCACCGUGCUGGCGCAGGCGGCGCCGCCCGACUCCUCGCAGCCGCCCCCGCCCCCGCGCCUCGGCUCCAACGGCUCGCACGAGGACGCCUCCCCCCCGCGCGUCGACUACCGCCCGCGCCGCCUGUCCUCGCGCGCCUCCUCGCCGCACUACCUGCACUCCGACCGCUCCGAGGACGCGCACUCGCCCUACACCGAGCGCUCCUUCGACCCCGACCCCCCGCGCUCCUUCCACCCCUCCCCGCCGCCCUCCGCCUUCCCGCCGGACGCGCGCGCGCCGCUCGCCUCCUACGUCGCGCCGCAGCAGAAGCCCGAGUGGAAGAGAUACAAGCAGUACACGAGAUCCGACAUCAUGUCCGCGAUAGAGUGCGUCAGGAACGGCAUGAGCGCGCUGCAGGCGUCGCGCAAGUACGGCGUGCCGUCGCGCACGCUGUACGACAAGGUGAAGAAGCUGGGCAUCACGACGAGCCGGCCGAUGAGCCGCGGGGUCAAGCGCGAGUCCAACGGCGCCGCGUUCCCGUACGGGCUGAGCGGCGCGGGCGGCGCGGAGGACGCGGGGGGCGCGGGGGGGCUGCUGGACGCGUCGUUCCUGCAGCAGGCGCUAGAGGGCGCCACGCGGGACGGCGGGCGCGAGGCGCUGCACGCCAUGGCGCUGGCGGCGGCCGCGCACGCCGCGCUGGCGCCGCGCUCUCCCCCGCCCGCCUCCCCGCCCUCGCACGACGACGACCACGUGGAGGACCUGUCGGUGGCGCGGCGCCGCGACGAGCCGCCUGGCGUCAUCAUGCCGCCGCGCAACUUCGCGCUGGACUGCAGCAGCGCCGAGCGCGACUGAGCGCCGCCGCCGCCGCCGCCGCCGCGCAUCCGAUAAGACUGACUUAGGCGUACAAACUUAGAAGUAAGACUCUGACGGGCAGGCCGCUGGUGCGAGCCUCGAGGCGCUCCGGCCGGGCGAUUGCAAUGGGCCCCGCGCCAACUUCUUAUUCUACCUCUCUUCUUCUUUUCUAUUUAUUUCGAAGCGUCGCCGCUCGUCCCGCGACGAAAUCAAAUUUCCGUCGAGGGACACCGGUGCCUUUUUGUGAUUUUAUAUUUUUUGUUCAUAUUUUCUUCUUUCGUUUUGUUUAUAACGUUUAUUGUCUUUGUUACUUGAAUAAAGAAUGUAGGCUAGCUUUAAUGUUUAGCAUGUAAUGUGUAGAUAGUAACCGUUUGGAUGGGGGGGAUGGGGGAGUAUGGAUAGCCUAGACGAGUUAUUGUGCAAUCUGUUGUCCGCGACUGUGAUGUUUAUAGACUGACGCCGCCUCUACCUCUCGCACGCACUAGUCCGAUGCCACUGCGAACAGCGACCGACAAGAUUCCUUAUAAUUACGGGUACCUUUCCAUUUGCCAUAUUUCAUUAUUGUAUGUUCAUUGUUACACAUCAUCAGUCCCUAUUUACUUACUGUACAAAUAUUUAGCACGAGCACAAUAUUGUUAAUUUAGGAGAUUACUUAUUAACACGUUUGCUGCCAACACUCUGCAGAGACAUGGCAGGGAAUGUGUUAAAUGUUUGUUUUAAGUGAAAUGCUCAAUGUGUCCCAAUAAUAAACUUUAGCUCAUCAGAAACCGUCGCGAUUCGCUGUUAAACGUAAUUCAACUUUAAGAAUACUUACUUAUAAUACGAGUGUCAUUGUAUUUUUAUACGUAAAAUUAAUAGGAAACACUAAAUUAUUGUUGUAUGGAUAAAUAUAAUAGCUGUAGUUUUAAGGACCUAAAUGUAUUCACAUUUUUGUAUAGAUUAAGAACAGAGUUUUUAUGGACAUAAACACACUAUCCUAGUAAGAUUUAUUGUUAGUAAAUUAGAUUCUACCUUACACAUUGUUCACACCGAAAUCUAAUUAGCCGAUCUAUGAAAUGAAAGCAAAAAGUUCAUAUUGAUUUAAGGUACUUUAAUUAACAAUUACUUAUUAUGUUUUAUUAACUGGAAGACUGAUUUGAAUACUUUAGUCUAGUUUGAAAUGCCAUAGAUAUAUCUUAGUGUUUGAAUACAAUCCUAGGUUUUAUCACGUGUUGUAGAGUGCUGAACCUACACUUUAGGUCUCACAAUGUUGUGCCUUUGUCGUUACAUAUAAGUUAGGACAUUCCAGUAGUUGUAUAUAUAUACCUAGUGCUCUUUAUCUUUAAUUGCAGGCAAGAAGCAAUACAACAUGAACUAGCCUGAUGAAUGUUACAAUUUCUUCACGAUGUUAUGUAAUAAUUAUGUACCUACACUCACGUGCCUGUAUUUAAAUUAAAAUAUGAUAUUGUUUUAUGCACGAAAUAUUUCAUCUUUUAGUUAUAAACAUAUCUUGUGUACUUUAUUAUGUAGUUGGCUAUGUAUCUAUCUAUAGUUAUAUUUAGAUCGAGUUUGGUUAUCUCGUACUAAGAGUAAGAACUCUAUAUUUACAAAUAAUAUAAUGUUAUAAUAUAAAAAUAAACGUUUCA